GAAGUGUCCCGGAGAAACGCUUUUCGGAACAGGAAGUGACGGAAGCACGCCGGAAGCGAGGGUUGGCUUUCGUUGAAACCGGGAGGAAGGAGGGUUUUGGGUCGCGGGAGUCGUGCAGUUAUGUCACCUCAGUUACGUAGGGGGCGAAAUGGUUUCCUUUCGUAUCUUCCGCCAGACCUCGAUCCAGAGACGGCCAGACAUUUUUGAAGAGCCUGAUCUGCUUCUUAGUCGGGGCUGCGAUGCACAGCCGUCCUAAGCCACCAUCUCAGCCCUUCCCAGCCGCAAUGUGAGGAUAACAGACUUGCAUUGGCAUCUGCAAGGACAAGUUGUUGUUUUUAAGUGUUUAAAAAAACCUAUUUAAAAUACAGCACAAACACUCUGGGACCCGAUCACAGCUUCGCCCAAACUUCCCAUUUCUCAGUUGCUUCCGACCCUCGGGUGACUGAGACGGAGGGGAGGGAGUAUUGAAAAUAACCAGGAAGUUUCGUCUUUAUAGACAGUUUGAUUGUGACGCUAGAAUUGCCUCCUUGGUUCCACUCACAGCCUACCUUAAAAGGGCAUCUUUUAAAAAAUAUUUCCAUUUCUCUAUGGCGGAGGGAAGGCAGCAAGCAAGGAGGAGGGGCAAAUGGAUCAGGAAAUGAAAUGAUGCUCAGAGAGUAGAUUAAUUUUCUUUCACUGCUUUGCCUCAGAAGAGGACUUGGUUUCCCCGGUCUGCUUCUUUAAAGCGAGGUGAGUGGUGUGGGUAUGUGUCUCGUUUCCAUAGUAACGAUGUAGGGUGGGUUCUCCAGACACUUCCCCUCCCUCCUCUAGUGAUUUUAUAGUGCUAGGCAGACAGAUGUGUGGGUUGUGGUUGUUUUCUGCAGGUUUAUAAGCUGGCAGGUAUCUUGCCAAAUCCUAUAGGCUUCAAUUCUUAGUGUAAGUGGUUCAAAUCACUGACAUCCCUAAAUCCAAUGCAACCCAUUCCUCUGCAUGUUUACUCAGCAGUUCAGUAGAACUUGCUCCUAAUUCGAGUACAUAUGUAUAGGAUGGCUUCAUUUUAUUCUGUCAGCUUUAUAGAAGUCUAGCUUCUCCAAAAGACUGCUAAUGCAGCCUAAAAGCUAUAUUUGAGUAACAUAUUCAUAGGCACCCACACUUCCCCCUCACCACCAGUUUAGUAUUUGAACAAAAUCCUUUUCUUUCUUUCUUUGUGCUACAUUUUGGCAGGACAUAUGGGCAGUUAUGGAUGACGAUAAUAAUUGUAGCUGUACACAAGGAGCCACAACUUCUGAGGCACUCUUCUCCUUUGGAGUCAUAGCAGAUAUUCAGUAUGCUGAUCGAGAAGAUGGCUAUGAUUUCUGCGGACUGAACAGGCGAUAUUAUAAGCAUAGCCUAUGUCACCUCCAGAGUGCAAUCGAAGACUGGAAUAGAACAGAUGUUCAGUUCGUAUUACAAUUUGGGGACAUCAUUGAUGGCUGCAAUGCUGAACUUAAGAUGUCAGAGACAGCACUGGGAAGAGUCUUGGAAGAAUUUAAGAAGCUCAAGGCCCCUGUCCAUCAUAUAUGGGGCAACCAUGAAUUUUACAACUUCAGCAGAGACUAUCUAGUAGAUUCUGCACUGUACACCAAGUACUUACAAGAACAGACGUUUCUUAGCAAUUCUUAUAGAGACCAGAGUUCCACUGGAGAUGAUGCUUCAGAAUUCUAUUAUGCAUAUCAAUUUUGCCCAGUGUCUAAAUUUCGAUUUGUCAUCCUUGAUGCUUAUGAUAUAAGUAUUCUGGGGAGGGAUACGUCUACCAAAAAAUAUCAAGAGUCUCUAAAACUACUUCGAGAAAAAAAUCAAAAUGAGAAUCUGAAUAGUCCAUCAGGUACUGUAUUGUGCUGAGCAGGGCUUUUGUAUGUUUCCAGAUUCACAUUGAGGUAGCACCUGGCCUUGUGCUACACUGAGGGACCUGCCACUCAGAAAAAUGAACACAUCUGCAUGUAUUUCUCUGACUUAAAAAGUGUGUGGAAGGGGACUACAACAGAAGAACAUUCAGUUUUGAGUGGCAGUUUUUCUACACAAAAAAUUCUACCAGAUUAGGCUAGGCAGUGGGCAGGGCUGCACAUUAAUGGCAUUUAUGUAAUCCCCUGAAAGGAUAGAGAACUUAUCUCAAGAGUAACUGGUUAAUGCCAGAAUGUAGGCCAGGUAUGUUCAAUAUGACAUUUUGAAUGUAUGCAAAUAUGUACAAAUGUUUACAUAUAUAUAUAGCAUACUUUGGAGGAAGCGGGAGAUGGUAACAUUUCUAAUUUGCAGAAAUGGGGAAUCAAAUGCUUUGACUACACAAUUGAGGAUGUAUGAUUUAAAGGGAUGGAUAGAAUGUUGGUUGUUUCCUGGUUGGGAGCAAUAGGCUGAGUACAAACGAUUAUAGCUUCUUAAGCCACAAUAUGAGCCUCGUGGCUUUGCAUACAGCUGCAUUGUUCUUUCCCUUAUGCAAACUGGAAAGCAAGCCACAAAGUCUUCACUUAACUAUCGCUUCCCUUCUUUGUCUUAACCAUGAAAGCUUGGUUAACAGCUUGGGGGAAAGCCAGGUUAAGAACCCAACUUUAAUCAUGGCUUUAUGCAAUGGCUUGGUUUGAAACCAUUAACCACAGUUUUCUAGUGUACACCUAACAUCAAACUCGUUUAAUUGAAUACUUCCUGGCUGGUUCACUCACUUGUGCAAAGGGAAGAGUGGAGUGCUGUGUGUAGGCAGCCUUGAGGCUCAUUCAUAUCUUGGCCUGUUGAGCUAUGAUUUCCUUGUGAUAGUUAGGACUUUCUUAAACAUUACUGGAAAAAUAACUUGCAAUUUGUACACUGCAAGUCACUACAGUAAGCAGUAGUAAUGUCUGGAACGGAGAUGAAUAUCUGAAAACACAUGGCAAGUACUUGCCUAUGAGCUGCAAAGGUUCCCCAUGGCUCUUCCCCAUGCAUAAAAGUCACCACUUGUGGACCAUUUGUGGACAAAUAGGACCUUUUCUUUCCUAGAAUGUGUGGAAAAGCUUUAGAUCAAGACUUGGCACAGCCACAUACCCUUUCAUAGAGAUGCAAAAUUUGUAGAAAUAACUACAAGUGGGGUCCCAUUUUUGUCAUGCUAAAGAACAGGAAUAUCUGUUACGUUUAUCAUUAAAGAAAGUAUUUUUUACUGAUUUAUAAAGUUUGCCUUGAAUGCUAGUUUAUUCUUAAGAAUGAGGUUAACUUAAAAGUCCCUGUAGGGAGAAAAUGCAUAUUUUUCUAAAAUGCACAUUUGUAUGCUAAAAUAUAAAUGGCUUAUUUGGUGAGGCUUUUUAUUAGGUUUUCUUUUUGUACAGGUCUUGUUGAACGUCAGUUUGUGCAGUUCAAUGGAGGAUUCAGUCAAGAACAGCUGGAUUGGCUUGAUGAAGUCCUUACAUAUGCUGACAAAAAUCAAGAAAGAGUUGUAAUUAUGGGUAAGACUUUUUUGUUUUUCACUUUUUAAGGCACAGCAACUGUAGUAGAAUAUCACAGUAUAUCUCAUGAAAUUCUGCUUUUUACAAUUCUGACAAGCCAUUUCUCAAGCCUGAGUCACACCCCAAAACUGGCCUUUGGAGCGAACUCUGUUCACGUCACAGUGGUCUGAUUCUGCCAUUAUGUGGGCUAUAUCCAUUUUCAGGGUAGGUUGAGGUCUACAGGAAUAGCUACGGCAUGCAAAUUAAAAAUGGAUUGUGUGUGCUUAGCCACACGGUGCUCUGCAAAACAAACUGAACUUGGUACACAGUCAGGUCCAAUUUAUGAACUUGCAAAUCAUCGUCCCUUAAGGAGAGGGUGUAAAUCAGAGGUUAUGGAAGGAAUGGUGCUGGGUGUUGGUAAACAGUAUAGGGAAAUCAGGUUCCUUUGGAGUUCCUGGAACACAAGCAGUAGAACACUUCUUAGAAAAAAGCGCCUUAUGAGAGGGUUGCUCGGACAUUAGAACUAGAGGCAAAAGACUGAGGGUUUCCUUCAUCUCAUUCUACUGCUUUAGCUGACAUAUGCUAAAAGUUAGGGUAGUGGGUUUUGAUCACAAUGCUUCAUUCUUCAUAAAGUAUACUCUGACAACCAGAAGAUUAAAGGCCAGUGAGAGGUUGCACACCAGGAAGAACAUCACAGGAAGGGAUACACCAGACUGGCUCUAUCCCCUAGGGAAGCAGCAGCCGUGGGGAGUUUGCUUCCCUCUUUGUGCCAGAGGGAAUACUCCGUUCCAACUGAUAGUUGCCCUGGGAUUGAAGAGAAGUGCUUUGUGGCCUCAUCUAAUUGACCAGAGGACCAAGCACUGCUAGGCCGUGUGUGGGUUUUGCAAUUUGUUUUAAGCUGCUUUUAGAACCACUCAGUUGAACACCUGAAUAUAAAUCUUCUAAAAAAACAAAAACAAAGCUCAUGUCACCUUGCAAACCCAUGACAGAGAGAAUCAGGCCUCCAGUUUGGCUUACGUUUUAUUUUUUCAAGCCCUGAAGUAUGUCUGAGCUGUUUUCUCAAAAAAGAAAUACAGGAUAGUAGGAAAAUGUGGACUAGUUACUCCUGUUUCUCCCAGCUCCACAUCUCUACAGGGAUGUCUAAAUAACUAGAGAUACAGUAUAAGUAUUAUUCAAAGUAUAAUGUACUCUUUGUGUAUGAAUCAAAGUUGGGAACACACACACACACAUAUAUAUAUAUUGCUUUAUUUUAGAUACAUUUAUUAUAGUUAAAUUUAUUCAGUUUCAGUUUGUGCAAGUAACGCUUUCCUAAGUAUUCAUAAUGUGUCACAUGUAUUAUUUCAGUACCUUUACAACUACCCCGUAAAGAAGGGCUAGUUAACGCUGUGAACUUCUGGAAGGUGUUGGACCACAAUUGGUGCUCAAACAUAAGAAAUUGUAAUUUUCUACUUGCUACUCCGUGAUCUCAUCAUGAUUGGUCUAUCAUGUGAAUCAAGGACCUUCAGCUCAUAACAUUUGUUAAUAACAAUUUUGCUUAAAAAUGACUUCAGGUGCCUGUCUAAUUGUGAACUUGCAGAGAAUACUACCAGUAUAUAGCCAUUUUCAGCAGCUUUAGCAUUUGGAGAGCCGUGUUAACAACUGUGAAAUUUCAUCUGUUUUGACUGCCUCUCUUCCUCCGCUGCAGGGCACAUACCCAUCCACCCCAAUUCUACAAGCGAUGUCGCCCUGGCUUGGAAUUAUAAAGAUGCCCUUUCUGUCAUCCACUCGCAUCACUCUGUGGUGUGCUAUCUUGCAGGCCACCUUCAUUUUGGUGGAUACUGUUUAGACUCUUAUGGAGUUCACCAUGUUACUCUUGAUGGGAUUAUAGAAACUCCUCCAGAAAGCCAUGCUUUUGGAAUUAUACAUGUCUAUCAUGACAGGAUGGUAUUAGAAGGAAGAGGAAGGAUUCUAGAUCGAGUGAUGCAUUACAAAGGUUAUCAGACUUUUCACAGAUGAUUGUAUUAGGUCUGAUUACUAUUUAAUGCAUUGUGCACUAUACUGGAGUAACUAUUUGCCUGAAGCUCAUUUGAGCCCACGGAUUGGCAUGUUCAACUUGAAGUGUCAAGCAAACUAAAUGUCUGCACUGCUUAGUGAGGCAUGGAAAUGUAAUCAAUUACAUUAGAUUCAGUGUUGGGCAUUUGUUCUAUAUAUAUUUUUCUGAUUUUAGAAUGUUGGUGUGUAAAUUAUUUAAUACACCAUGUAUUUUUUUUUCAGUUGAAAAUUUAUAAAUAUUUCUAUAAUUAGAAAUGCAUACAUUUAAAUUUGCAAACAUAAAAUAAAAAUUAGUAGCUGGGCAUCUUUUGUUUAAAAUGUGAAUAAUUGCAUAUUUAUUCAACUCUGAUUAUCAUACCCUGUUUGAAGGCUGGACCAAAAGCAAGACUCAUAAUAUUACAGAUCAUAGUAUUUGCAUUUCACUUUGCUAGUAGCUUCUAGCAAAGAAAUUGAUGGGUUAUUAUGCUCUCUCUUUACCUAUAUUGCCUUACUUGAGACACACUACAGCUUCUGCUUUCUGUCACAUCUUUGUAGGACUGCAAGCUAAUCAUCAGGAUAUUGUAAUGUGCUCUGCAGAUAUGUCCAAAUGAGGUAGGUGGGGUGUGUGAUAGUAAAAUUCAUACGCAAAUCCAGACAGAUUGCUCAGAGACCCAGUUGUUCUAUUACAAGUAGUUUUAAUUACAGUCUGUAAAACAUACAAACACUGCUGUCCCUUCAAGGCUGUUCUGCAGCUUCAGCUCUGCUGGUUUCAGCAGUACGUUCAAAUCACCUCUAGACUCCAGCUGCUUCCGCAGAAGCACCUAUUUCAUUUGAUCCAAUCCCUUGCAGGUACCAAGGGCCUAUAGUUAAUGCAGUCCUAACCCACGUGGCCUUAUUGCAGAUAUAUUCUUUCCUUGAAAAUCUAGAUCAGGAUCCAGAAAAUUCCACUCAAAUUGUGCUCCAGCUUCCAGGAUUCAAGAACAUAACAGACAAUUUAAAACCAGACUCUCGAGGGAACAAACUGAUCUCAGCCAUGGCUGUGAUCGCUGUUGAUUUGGCACAACUGACAAAUCAGAGCUGGGCAAAUAGGUGCUAGAACACAGAUUCCUUCAUUUCCACCUUCUUAAAUAACUGUUUUACAGUGAGACGGCCAGGAUGUUCGCAUCUCUGCAUUCAUGUAGAUGUACAGCCACAUUACAAAGGGGAAAAGGGAGAGGAAGAUUGCAAUGGCCAAGUGAACCCCACCCAGGGAAUUUCUGGAAGGAAAGAAAAGACGAUUUACUGAAAAUCAAGUCAAAUUAACAGGAACUUAACCAACUUAUUGAGAUCUCAUCUAUUUUUAUUUUUUUAAAAAAAGAUUUUUGUCUGAAACUUUACGGGGCUGCACCCAAUGGUGGGCUUGUGCUACCAGAAAGUGUUUCUGCAAAGGCACAGUAGCUGAUUUUUGCCAAUCCUUACCUCCUGCAGCCGCCUGAACCACACUGCUCCAGAGGGUCCCACAAAACCCAGGAGCAGCUUUUCCGGGGGCUACAAUGAGAAGAAAAUUGGGUGCUUUGCUCAAGCACAAGUUUGGGUGGUGUGGGAAACAACUAUUCCACCCCCCAAAGAAAUAUGCAUAAUCACUCCUUUAUAUGCUGAGAGUUACUUUUACCUCAACUGGAAUACACAUGCUGAAUUAUAACUAUAAAUUAGACUUUAUAGAAAAAUGCAAACUAUUUGAAUGUGCUCAAGUUUACAGACUUGUAAACUGAAAAUCUUACGGCAUUAAGGCAUAAAACGAAUCACAAAACUAAAACAUCACAAAACUAAAGUCAUUUUGAGGGAAGAAGGCUAUACCAUAUCUUUGAUAAAGUAAAGACUAUUUCUUCCACAUAUUAUAAAUAGCUAAAGGCUGAAAUAAAUAAGUUAAAAGACUCACUUGGCUGAAUGACGACAAAGGCUCAUCCAGACGGUAACAAUCAACAGACCAAAUAACUCCCUGUUUUUGAAAAAGAUUGUAAGUUAUUCAAAUGUGCUGUCCAUAAAUUUAAUCAUAUGCAAGCAGACUCAGCAAAGAACAAUAAUAAAUAAGCUUACCAU